GUUACAUCUGAUGCUUCUAGUUAACGGCACGCGGUAUCAUAUCUUUUAAUAUCGAAAAGUUUUAGUGUUUCAGCUGAUCUAAUGCUGCCUAAUGGCUAGAUCGCAGUGAAAGCGCUUACGUCCGCUGCGAUGGGGUAUUUGACCAAGACUCGCUGACAUACAUCGGUCAUGGGCCGCGUUAUGUGCUUAAUAGCAGUCACAAGGCGGACGUUCGCCCUAUCGGUUUGUUCUUGCGUUACAACACAAAGAUUAUGUUUAUCAAACGCGUCCGCACACUCGCCGGCUAGUGUGCGAAGAAAAUUUUACUGAAUAAACAUGCUGAUACAACGACUUCGACGUUAUGUACCGCUUUAUCCGGUACUGGGAUUGUUGGGUGCUUGUGCACAUGCUAUCACCUUAGUUCCAACUUGCAAUUCAUCCGUUUACUGUACUGGAGAGCUCUUACACAGAGUACAACUCGCACGCAUUUUCCCUGAUUCGAAAACUUUUGUUGAUCUAAAGUUACAGCAUUCUGAAAAUGAAACAUUAACAGACUUUGCAAAACUGAUGGCCGAAACAAAUCAAAAUCCCACGCGUGAACAACUGGCUAAUUUUAUUGAUAAGCAUUUUGAAGAAGGUAACGAACUUGAACAGUGGAUACCUCCGGAUUUCGAUCCAAAUCCCCCAAUUUUGCAGGAGAUUUCUGAUCCUAAAUUGAGGUCAUUUGCCAAAAAUAUUAUAAGUAUAUGGGAAAAAUUAGGACGAAAGGUGCAAGACGAUGUAAAAACUUAUCCAGAUAAAUACAGUUUUCUUUAUGUGCCAAACGGUUUUAUUGUACCAGGUGGAAGAUUUAAGGAAUUAUAUUAUUGGGAUUCAUUUUGGAUGGUUCGUGGUCUUCUAAUUAGUAAUAUGACUCAGACUGCUAAGGGCAUGAUAGAAAACUUGUUGUAUUUGGUCGAACAAUAUGGUUAUAUACCCAAUGGUAGUCGCGCUUAUUACAUAGGCAGAAGUCAACCGCCCUUAUUAGCCGCCAUGGUAGCCAGUUAUUUUGCUACUACCGGGGACAUCUCAUGGCUUGAACAACAUAUUGGUACUGUCGAAAAAGAGUUACAGUAUUGGUUAAAUCAAAAAAAAGUAACAGUGGAAGUAAAAGGAAGUAAAUAUAUGUUAUUAAGAUAUUUGGCAGAUAGGAAAGGAAUUGGACCACGGCCAGAAUCGUACUUUGAAGAUUAUUCAAAUGCUCGAAUUUUACCAAACGAAGAUAAGCGCCAAGAUUUUUACAUGGAAAUAAAAAGUGCUGCAGAAAGUGGCUGGGACUUUUCUUCGAGGUGGUUUGUUACAGCCAGAAACGAAGACGUUGGAAAUUUAACAGACGUACAUGCGACUCGAAUUUUACCAGUGGAUUUAAAUUCAAUUUUUGCAGGAGCACUUGAACUUGCUGGUAGUUUUCGAAAUAUAUUAAAAGACCGAAGAGAGGCUCAAAAGUGGUGGAGCUUAGCAAAAUAUUGGAGAAAUGCUAUAGAUAAUGUCAUGUGGGAUCCUGUAGACGGUGUCUGGUACGAUUAUGACGCUCAAUCUAAGUCUCCUAGAAAACAUUUUUAUCCAAGUUGUGCAACGCCAUUAUGGGCAGGCGCAGUCGAGGAAUACAAUGCACCGAAAUAUGCUGCACGAUUAGUGAAGUAUCUCCUAUCGACCGGUGCGCUCAAUUUUCCUGGUGGUAUACCGGCUUCGAUACUACAUUCCGGUGAACAGUGGGACUUCCCAAAUGCUUGGCCACCUCUUCAGAGUAUAUUAAUUGGUGGACUGGAGGCUAGUGGUUAUAAAGAGGCCAGACAAUUAGCCAGAGAACAAGCCGGGAUAUGGAUUCGAUCUAAUUACAUAGGUUUUACUACAUGGCAGAAAAUGUUUGAGAAAUAUAAUGCAGUGCUGCCAGGUCAUGAAGGUAGUGGAGGAGAGUAUAUAGUGCAGGAUGGUUUUGGGUGGACGAACGGAGUGAUUCUCGAGUUGUUACAAAGGUAUGGCAAGGAUUUGGUACUUAUUGAACAGCCAGUUGACUCUAUUCCUUCUGUUAGCUUAACUUUAUAACUAUAUUAGCCUUAAUAAUUAUAUAAAGUGUAUGUUUUAAUGUUUAAAAAGUACGUUGUUUAGACUAGUUAUAGACAAUUUUUUUGGUAUUGUUUAAUACGUGUUGAAAUAAGCAUAAGCAUGUUUACACGACUGCCCAAAGGAGUGUAAUGUUUUUAGGGUUCGUAAGCUUGGCCUUGUAUAUAUGUAUGAGAGUUUUUUUUAUUUUACUAUAACUCUUAAAUGUCUAAACAUAUUUAGGUGUAUGGAAUGUUGUUAGUCCUUCUUCCUGAGUGUUUCUAUUUCUUGCUAUUUUAUACAUUAUAUAGGACGAAAUUUAAAAGACAAAUGUGAAAAAUCAUAAAUUGUUAUUCAUUAUAAUUUACUUUUUAAGAUAAAUGUGAUAUUAUCAGUUAAAUGAUAAUUUAAUUUUGUAAUUAAAAGUCUUUGCUGUUUUUAAUUUUUACAUUUAUAUUUAUUUCUUAAUACCCUUAGACUACGAGUAUAUAAGUAGGGAAAUAGGAAAGAACAAUAAUACAUAUAAAUGGAUUGUUAGUUUCCAAUGUAAACAUUUAAAUUCUUACUUUUUAUCAAACGUUAUAAGCGAAACUAGAACAUUGUUAUUUACGGAUACGUAAAAAAUAUUUUUUUUAAUUAUACCUACUCAUAUUUUUGUAAACUCUGACGAACAACUUUUGAUAACGUUUUUAAAAGAAAUAAAUAAUCGAUAGUGUCUUAUACUUAAUAACAUUUAUUUUUGUAACAGACGAUAAAUACUAAGUUAAUACAAUAUAUAAAAUAUUGUUUUUUUUUCAUAAAGUGGUUGUAUAAAAAAUGUAAGCUUU